AUGGCGCCCAAGAAGAAGGAGUCCUUACUUGAUGCCUGUACCCGGGCGACCACCAUGGGGAACACGGUGUCGGUGAGGAUGGUCGAGUACAUGACUGUCAAGCAUCACCCGCAUGGCUUCCGUGAGCUUGCGAUCGAGUUUCUCGACCUCAGUCGCAUCUUGUUCUCCAUCCAAGCCGGUCUCAGCGAGGUGUCGCACUCACACAACCAGUUUCCCAUCGACAUGACUCAAGAACUCGACAAGAAGUUCCGCCAGACCAACGACGACUUCAUUGUGUUGAACCAAAUGCUGACCAAGUUCCUCGAAUAUGAGAACAAGCGAGGCCUCAGCAAGCUCCGCAAAGGAUGGCACAUGAUGUUUGCCGACACGGACAUUGACAAGAUUCGAGAUUCCCUGGCCAAGAGCCGCGAGACCUUGCGAAUGAGCGCCCUUGUGUUUCGGUGGUCUCUCGGUGAUGACAAGGCGGAGGCGUCCAUGGGGAUCGGAUACACGGGACUGGCAGCCGUCCUGGAGCGCUUGAGUGACAAGAAGCCGAACUCGAACUCGGUGCUCACACCCCUUCCAGCAGAGCCGCCUGCGGAAACAACGCCCACUCGUGCGGUUAUGGCUGCCCCCGAAAUCCCUGAUACACUGCCGCCACUCCCGCCCAUUGCCAGUGUCGAAAAGGGAUCGAAUUACACCCUCUUUCCUCGACAAGAAGACCUGCCCAGCGCCUUCGCGGGGACAUUGGACCGACAUAGCUUCAAGCAUGUGCCCAGUACGAGGUCGAGCAAGCUGACCGCGACAUCGGCAACACGAGAAAUCAGCAUGCCCAUUCAUGAACACAGCUCAGCAACAGAGAUCCUGCUGUCGGACCAUGGGUCAAUCAAGACAGCCGAUUCCAUGACCCAGAUUGAGGACAUGAUACACGAAAUCGAAUUAAACGACAAGCUUUCGACCAAGGUCGUCCGCAUCAAGGCCGAUCCUACCACUGUCCCUCGGUGGACUCCCAAGCAGAACACUGGCGCCAACUCGGCCCCGCUGAAAGCAGCACUGCUUACGGCCGUACAGCAAAGAAAACAUAAAAUGGUCGAGCAGUUGCUCGACUGUGGUGUUCCGCCUGAUAGCGGAGUGGAAGUGAAUGUUCUGCGAGAAGCCGUGCUCCAUCGGGACCCGGAGAGCGUCCGUCUGCUGUUGCUCUUCGGCGCGGAUCCCAAUGCUGUAGACCGCCAUAUGCUGACACCGCUCUACACGGCCACCGAGAUGGGAUCGCUUGAAGUGGCCAAAUUGCUUUUGAAGUAUGGCGCCGACCCAAAUCUGCCUGCAGGACCAGAGCACAUCUCGCCGCUUGGCAUGUCGGUCAUCGAGGAUCGCGCCGAGUUUGUGCAACUGUGUCUGACAUACGGCGGCGACGCGAACCUGAUGAUGCCCAACGGCAACACCCUACUCGUGCAGGCCAUCAACAAGACCACCCCCAAGAAGCUGCUGGAGCUGAUGUUGAACUACGGAAGUGAUCCCAACGGCAAGAACAGCGAAGGCCAGACGCCACUAUUCACGGCCAUCCAGGAAAAGAGGGUUGACCUCAUGACACUCCUGCUCGACCAUGGAGCCGAUCCCAAUCUGCCGGGACCCAAACAUCCCUUGUGGCCGUCGACAUACCAACCCAAGGCUCUGCAAUUGCUGUUGUCGCGGGGUGCCGACACCAAGAAAUGUCCAGGCGUGUUGGAGCUUGCCACGAGCAUCAACAACGUCGAGUCGGUCAACAUCCUGCUCAAAGCGGGCGUCGACCCCAACGCCAAAAAGGACGGCAUCUACACGCCUCUUUGCACGGCAAUCCGUGACAACCGCGCCGAGCUCGUGUCGUUGCUGCUCGCCAAUGGGGCAGACCCCAACGUCAUGGCCUCCGAGUAUCCUGCUUGGAAAUGUGUCUCCCACUACCGGACCCAGCUUCUGCCUCAGCUCAUCGCCGCAGGGGCGGACCUCCACAAGCCCAAAGGCAUACUUGAGAAAGCGGUGGCGCACAACAACAAAGAAGCCCUCAUGUACCUGUUGAGCCAGGGAGUCAACCCCAACGACCGCAGCCCGGAAGGUAAUACGCCACUGACGACGGCGAUCCGCGACGACCGUGGCGAGAUGGUCGACAUUUUGCUCUCACGAGGCGCCGACCCAAGCGUUCGCGGUCAGGAAUGGCCCAUCUGCAUGGCCGUCAAACGGCCCGAAAUCCUCAAGAAAUUACUGCCCCAUGUGUCCAACCCGCGCUCCGUCAAGGGAGUCAUGGAGCAGGCCGUGAUGGCGAACCAGCUGGAAAGCAUCAAGCUGCUCCUCAAGGCGGGCGUUAGUGUCGAAGACAAAACUGGUGGUGUCUUUUCGCCUCUCACGACGGCCAUCCGCGAAGAUCGCAAAGACAUUGUGCGUUUCCUGCUCGACGAGGCCGGCGCCGACGUCAAUGCUCCCGGAGAGCAUCUGCCUAUCAUCAAGGCCAUCCGCCGGUGUCGCGGAAACGACACCGAAAUCAUCGAGAUGUUGCUCGCCCGCGGCGCUGACAUCAACCUCAUGUAUCGGGAAUGGAGUGCCGUCCUGCAGGCGGUCGACAACGGUGACGCCAAAGUCUUGAAGUUGUUGGUCGAGCAAGGCGGUGGCGUCGACCUUCAGGUCAAGGACGAGUCUGGCCGUACUGUGAUGGACAUUGUCAACGAGCGUGGCUGGGAUGAGGCUGUUACUAUCUUGAUGGGUAACGUAGGCAAAGCCAAAUAG